CUUUCGCGCCCCCUUCUCUCUCGUUCUCUUUUUCCUUUCUCUGUCUCUGUCGAUAAUUCUGUUCGUUUCAAUUCGACCGCCCAAAGCGCGUCUGCGAUCCCUUCCUUCCACGUCCCUCUGCUCUCCCCGCGUCGAUAUUAUAUGUUUCUUUCGCUCGUGCCGUAGAAUCCCACGAUUCAGAAGGCGAAUGCCGUCACGACGCGCGUUUGAUCUGCGAGAGGCUUGUCCCGAGGCCUCUGCGUUGCUCUCUAGGGUUUUCAUGCGACAAAGGCGCUAGGUGAAAGCGAAAAACGAUGGAUUAUGGCCCCUCGGAUAGUAGCGGUACAGAUGAUGACCUUCCUCCUUCUCACCAGAACAGAUUAACUAGAGGGCCACGUGCAUCUGGAAAUGGACCAAAUGGUAGAGCUGCUAUCAUGGGCAAUUUACCUUACAAUAGAGUACAAAAUGACAUGGAGAGUGAGAUCCAUUGGCUAGAACAAGAAGCUUAUAGUUCAGUUUUAAGGGCUUUUAAGGCCCAGGCUGAUGUUGUCACUUGGGAAAAGGAGGAGCUAAUGACAGGUUUACGUAAAGAGUUAAGAGUAUCUGAUGAUGAACAUAGAGAACUUCUUGGGCGUGUUAAUGCAGAUGAUACAAUCCGAAGGAUAAGGGAGUGGAGGCAAGCAGGCGGAAUCCAACAUAGCAUGCAUAGUGCUUCACAGCCUGGUCAUGAACCUGGUCCUAGUCCCACAGUAUCUGCUUCUCGGAAGAAACAGAAGACCUCUCAUUCUAUGGCUUCUCUCUCUUUAGGAGCACCACCUGCGAUGCAUCCUCGAGCAACUGCUCCAUCUAUACAGCCGUCCUCAUCUGCAGCAAAGCGUGGAGCUGCAGUAGGAGCUGGCGGCAAGAAGCCUAAAUCCGGGCAUGUGGUUGGUGUAAACUCGACGAAGUCAGGAUUAUACUCUUCUGGGGUUCCAGCUGGACGGAGUCAAGUGGCAAACCAUGGUUCAUCUGGUACUGUUGUUGCUAAUGGACCUGCUGAAGCUGCUUCUCUUGAUCCUCUGAUUGGCCGGAAAGUGAUGACAAGGUGGCCUGAGGAUAACAACUUUUACGAGGCUGUCGUAACUGAUUAUAACCCUAAAGAGGGUCGGCAUGCACUUGUUUACGAUAUUAACACAAAGCGGGAGACAUGGGAAUGGGUCAAUCUGAAAGAGAUAUCUCCUGAGGACAUCCUCUGGGAAGGUGAUGAACCUGGUAUUUCUCGUCGAGGCCAUGGAGGGCCAGGGCGUGGAAUCAAGAAAUCCAUGUCACGUAGUGGUGCCAUUGGGGUAGGUAGAGGAAGGGGUGCCACGAAGACCCAGUCUAGGCAAGAGUUUCCUCCAUCUCAGAAUGGCAUUGGGAAGAAGGGCCCUGAUAAAAUAGAAAUGUUGCAUACAGAAACUUUAAUUAAGGAGAUAGAAAGGAUCUUCCAUGGAAACCAUCCAGAUCCUGUGGAGUCGGAGAAGGCAAAGAAAUUGCUGAAAGAGCAUGAACAAACGCUACUGGAUGCCAUAUCAAACAUUGCCAAACUGGAAGAUGCAUCAGAUGGUGAAAGUGAGGAACAUCCAUCUUCACACGACCAGUCUGUUGACGGCGAAAGAGGGUGGAGGAACCACCGAUAUGGUGGAAACCAGCACAGUGCAGAUUUUGAGGAUGACAGGGCUGGUGUGGGAAGGGGUGAAGGCUCAGAUGGAGAUCACAUGGUUACGGAGGGAGGAGUUGCUUCUGAUGAUCAACAAUAUGGUGAUGAUGAUUGAUAUUUUAAGCUUAAAUGCUAAACUUGCUGUUCUGUUGACCAAUGGACGAGAGCCUGAGUUUGACAUGGCCCACUCCGAGUUAGUCUAUCCUGUCCGGAACAAUCAGUCAUCUUGUUGGCGGCACCGGUGCUGAUGUUUCUCAGGUGGAUGGCAGCUAGAACAGUCUUGUAAAGUUGGUGAGCAUGGAUUAACCUGGAAUCUGAGCAAAUGCUGUGGCAAAAACUGCUGCACGUUCCGAGGUUUGCGGGUUGUACAACUAAUGCCUGGGUGGGUGUGUCGGGAACUAUUUAUCAAGAAAUCAAAUGUGUUUUUGGUAAUUUUUUAUCAGUUAAUGUUUUAUUCUCUGGAGAAAAUUUUGAUGCGUUUAUAGUGUUUUGAUGGAAAACCAUGAAAAGUUGCGGACAAUUAACUUA